AAGGAAGUAAAAUACGCUGAAAGCAAAAAUGAAGGAUAAUAUCAUUUUCGAUACUAAGAAAGAAAAAUGCGAAAAUAACUAUAAAAAAAAAGAAAUCAAGAAUCCAUGAAAAUAGGUAAGUAGUUAACACAUAAUGAGGAAAUUAUCGUUGCAAAAAAAGUCCGAAGUUGACGUUACGUUACUUUCCUCUUCAUCAUCAGUUGCCAUUGAUCUUGAAACACCCAGUUGAUAUCACAAUAUGGAUGUGUUCUUCGAGGUACAAAGAGGCCCAACGUUCUGCAUUGAACUAGGUUACUGGGACACAGUGCUAGAGAUCAAACAAAAGAUCGAAAAGUAUCAACGUAUCCCUGUCUCCAAACAAAUCCUUUUCUUCCAAGGCAAGGUUCUUCAAGACGAUCACGACAUCGAGCAAUGUGCCAUCCUCAACAACUCUCAUCUACAGAUUAUCAGCUCUUCUCCUGGUAACAACGACCAACAGCGCAGCAACAAUCAAGUGCUAAAAACCGAGCAAUCUCCACCGUCAAACUCAACAGAACAGAUCCUCAACGGUCAAGAUUUGCCUGUGAUGAUAUCUAGGACCAACAACAACAACAACAACAACAACCCUAAGAAACUGAGAGUGAUGGUGCUGCCGAAAAGCGGGACAAUGAAGAUUCCGGUGGAGGUGAACGCGAGUGAUAACGUGGGAGAGCUGAGGAAGGAGCUGGUUAAGGUUCAACAGAGGUUUCAGUUAAGUCUGCCUCAAGAAGGUUAUUUCUUUAUAUACAAACAGAAUGUGAUGGAGGAUGACCGGUCUUUCCGGUGGCACCGUGUUGAUAACGGUGAUACUAUUGAGAUUUUCAGUGGAAGUGUUUCUGGUGGCUCUUAAUUAAGUCUUAAAUCCAGUUUAGAUCUGAGCAACCUUCUCCUUCCUUAUAGCUAAUUCCAAAAUUGUCUUUUGUUUUCACAGCUUUCUGCAACUAAGAUAGCUAAUAAGAUAACAUUUGAUCUGAAAAAGAGGAACUUGUUGUUAUUGACUUACUUCUUGGUGAAAUAAAUAGGUAAUCAUGCACGCUUCAAUUUG